GCUAUAUUUGAGGAGGUCAAAGGUCACAAAGGAAUGUCUUCUCAGACUGCAACGAUGGCGUAGCUCGUUUAUACUGAAGGCAAAACAGUACCGUAGUGAAAGUUCUGUUCGUUUGCUUGUAGCUAGACUUCUGUAAGAAGUGUAGGAUGUUGUAGUGCACGUUUUGGCAGUGUUUUAGAACGUGACAUUAUGGUAAAAGUAGGCUGGGCGUUGGCGGCAGCGCUCUGUAUUCUUGUGUUGGCUGAAUGCGGAAGUGAGGGAUCACACCGCAAACGUGAUGGCGAGAUCGCGGGGUUCAAUGUAGUCAUCGCUGGAAGACAAGAUUCCAGAGACAAGGUCUCGGAACGCAGAGUCAGACGACAAGAUGACAUAGGCGAUAUGGCCGACGUCUAUUGGCUGCACGUCGACUCCCACGUGACGUCACGAUUCGCCACUGUAACGGUCGAAAGUAAGCUGGCCAAUCGCGGGGACCGAGGUCGGGAGGCAGUCUUCACUAUGCAGCUACCAGAGACAGCGUUCAUCUCCAACUUUUCUAUGGUAAUCAACGACACCCUGUACGUGGGGACUGUGAUGGAGAAGGGGGCGGCGAGACAAGCGUACGACGCCGCCGUAGAGGCCGGAGAAAGCGCCGGGCACGUCGCACAAGAAAGUCCGAGAGGUCGCGAAGAGUUCCGGAUCGCCAUCAACGUGGGUGCAGAGGAGAAGGUCACGUUUCAGCUCACCUACCAGGAGUUCCUUGUACGCAAACUCGGCAUCUACGAGCACGUCAUCAGUAUCAGACCAGAACAGAUCAUACCAGACAUGCGCAUUACCGUGGAUCUACGCGAGUCACAGGGCUUCAGCUUUCUGCGCGUGCCCGACAUCAGGACCUCGGACCUGCUGACGGACCAAUCAACAGAUGAGUUGUCCACUGCGACUGUGUCACGUGUGAGUCCUGAACAUUACACCGUCACAUACUCGCCGUCCGAGCAAAAACAGGCCGCCAUGUCUGCCCAGGGCAUCAUGGGAGAUUUCGUCGUGCAGUAUGACGUCAAUCGCCAGCAACAGAUCGGAUUCAUCCAGGUUUACGGGGACUACUUUGUACACUACUUCGCGCCGACCGGUUUACCAGUCAUGCCCAAGAAUGUGAUCUUUGUGAUUGACGUCAGCGGAUCCAUGAGCGGGGACAAGAUACUUCAGACUAAGGAGGCCAUGGCAGUCAUCUUGGAUGAGCUUCGAGAAACGGACUUCUUCAACAUCGUGACGUUCUCUGACCGCACCAAGCGGUGGAAGUCGGAACUGCAGGUAGCCAAUCAGGAAAGCAUCAGGGCUGCUGACACUUACGUCACCAGCAUGGUAGCACAGGGAGGAACGAACAUUAACGAUGCCAUCCUGGAAGCCUCUGUCCUGUUGGACCCAGAGCUCCGUUCCCGCCAUGACAGUCGAGCCUCCAUGAUAGUUUUACUGACGGACGGACAACCCACGGUUGGUGUGACGAACACCAAUCAGAUCAUCGCAAACGCACGUGACUUCCUGGCGGGAAACCACGCCCUCUUCUGCCUCGGUUUCGGAUACGACGUCUCGUUCGAAUUCCUGGAAAGACUUGCACUGCAAAAUGGAGGGUUUGCCAGACGAAUCUACCCAGACGACGAUGGUGAACUCCAACUGACGAGCUUCUUUGACGAGGUGGCCAAACCCCUGAUGAUAGACGUCAACAUGGGGUACAGCCAGGCAGGCAACCCCGCACUUCAGGUUGCUGACGUCACGCAGACUGCCUUUUCAAACUACUUCAACGGCUCUGAGGUGGUGGUUGCCGGGCGUUUCCCUGGAGCCCCGCCUAGCAACUUCCACGUGACCGUGACGGGGAAUGGAGCACAGGAUGCGCUUUCAUUGGUGGAGGAUUUUCAGUUGGCCUCGUUAGCUGCUCCUGAGGGAUUCGUGGAGCGCCUUUGGGCCUACCUCACCAUCAAAGACCUACUGAAGAAAGAGCGUACUGCGACAGAAGAGGAACAACAAAACAAACUGAAGGAACGCGCUCUUAACAUGUCCUUAGAGUACAACUUCGUUACCCCUCUCACGUCUAUGGUUGUUAUUCAGAACGAAAGAAGGAGGCAGCCUACUAACAAAAUGUUCGUUGAUACGGUAUUACUUAGUGCCCCUAGAAGUGGUGCGACCAGUUGGAGGUCGUGGCCAUUUUGGCUCGUCGCGUCAGCUAUUGUCUUCGCUUUGUUACCUCCGUAAGACGGGGUAUUGUUUUCGGUAUGUUUGUUUGUGUUGGUGUCUGUCCGUAGUUGUUUGUAUUCAGUACAUAGAGUGGUAGGAUGUGAGGCAGGAAAUGGUAUAACUGGAGAUUAGCAGGAUGCGAAGGUUGGCUCUGGCUGGGUUCAAAGUUGCUAGGCACAUUAGUGACAGGAAGUUAGGUCUAAGGUCCCAGAAUAGGUUAUCUAAUUUCCUGCCUUCAAUUUCCUACUAUCUGCAAAUCUGUUGCAUUAUAGUUUGCCAUUGAGAAAAUGUAGAGACAGAAACAUUAAGGAAUUAACAAUUGAUAGAAUUGAUGAUGUAGAAACUCAGAUUAGCUUUCAUGUUCAUAUUGAUAGUAAAGAAUAAACCAAGAAAUUCACACAAAAAAAUAAAUAUUUCACGCUUACCAAGUACCUAGUAUAUACAUAUAAAACAAAGAAUGCCGCUUUUAUUGCUUGUUUGAUCAUGAACUAAAUGUUGUUGAUUAUAUCUGCAUACUUAAUAACUUAAUAAUAAUAUCCUAUAUCGAUACACAUGCAUUCUGAAAGAAUUGUGCCAUGACGACAUGUAAAAUUUGUAUGGAUGAAUAAAUAGGGUAGGAA